AUGACAUAUAAAUAAUAAUAGUCUCAUCAUCAAGACUAGUUGAAUUAGUUAAUAAUAAUUGAGAAACGAUAAAAUCCAAUAGUUUUCAGAAGAGGAUAAUCAUAAACUGAAUUAAAAGAACAAGAUUAAAUGCAACAUUUACUAAAUCCAUUAUUAUUUUAAUUGAUCAUAGAAGAAGAAUAUAUCUAAUUACGAAGAUUUAAAUUAAAUAAUAUGAAAAGAUGCCAAUGUAGUUUAUUUGUAUUUCUCAUCAAUCACUGGCAGGCACACCAAAAAAUGAAAUUGUAAAAACAAUCUAAUGAACUUGUUGCAUAAUCAGUCACAUAAAAAACUAAUCCAGAGUAAUUAGAAAUAUCUGAUUUAACAGGUAACUAUAUUAUAAAGAACUUCGAAAUGGCACAGUUAUUUCAACAGAAUUCAGAACCUAAAAAUAAUAUAGAAAACUCAGAUAGUAUGGAGCAAAACUAAAUUUUUUGGAGCCAAGGAUUAGAGAAAACAAGCACAAGAAACAAAAUAGUGAAGCAUUUAGUAUUAUACAAUAUUAUUUAUUUACAUUUUAUUUAUUAACUUAUUAAGGAACAUAAAGAGAAAAUGUCUACCAAAAAAUAGGUGUCAGGAGGAAAAACGUCAAGAUCAAAUAGUAAAUAAUCAGUAUCUAAUCCGAUAUCAGUGAGAAAGCGGUUUUCAUCAUUAUGUUCGCCGUAAAUUUUUGAUCUAAUCUUUUCUAUAGGCCAAACAGUCAGGGACAAUCGUCUUGUGUCUUUUGUUAGAAAUUCAAAAGUAAGAAGGUUGAAACCUAUGCUCCUCUCCUUAAUAAGGCGUUAUUUGCUAAAUAUUCUUCAUCUCAAAACUACUAUUAUUCAAAGGACAUUAAUGAUAUAAUUGAUGAGGAAUCUACUCCAGCAGUUGUAUUUUAUAGGGAUUUGGAAUGUAUAGUAGAGGAAGAAGAAUAUUUGAAGAGGUACCAAUUAAUCUAUUAAAAGAUCUUACGCUAAAAAGGAAUCAACUUCUAAAAUUAAAGCAUUGUUAGAAUACUACAAAUAUCACAAGGACAUCCCGCGACUCUUUAUGCAGAAGGUCUACAUCACGAUUAACAAGUUCCACGAAAAGAAACGAAGAAUAGAAUAUGCAAAUAUCAAAAGGAAAUUGAAUAUCCCAGAUGAAGAUAUAGUAAGUUUAAUAUCUAAAAAUCUAGUAACAAUCAUAAAAAAAGGAGAAGAAGAAGAAAUAACAACACAGUGAUGAAGAUGUGACUGUGGGUUAAUUAAAACAUCUUCUCAAGGAUUUGAAAUUAGAUACAAAUUCCUAUCUCUAAAAAAAAGUUGACAUCUCUAGUAGUGUAUAAUUACGUGAAUUCGUAUAAUAAAUUGGAUAAAAAUAUGAUUAUCUCGGAUAAAUUUCUGGCUUAUUGUCUAUCGAUCAAAGCAAUAGUUUUCUCUUAAGGUCUCAAGAUCUUUCAACGAUCAACAAGAAUCUUAAAUAAAAUUAUCUCGUCAAUAAUAAACCACAAACUAAUUAAAACUCUAAAGCCUAAAUUUUAGACUCAAAAACAACUCAUUAAAUAAGCUAUUAAGGCAGUUUUGAUAAGAUCAAUAUCAAUAGAUUGUAAUUUGUCAAUCAAGGAGAGGUAUCUUCCAUAAAAGCUGAAAACUCUAUUAAAGCAGGCGAAUAAACCAAAAGAUCUAAUUAGGAUUAAUCCCCUAUAAGGAAUUCAUCAUAAUUACAAACCAUAUAAAAGGUGUACUCAUAAAUUGAAGGAUUUGCUAGUUUUGUUUAAAAAUAAUAACAAUCAUAGUAUCAAUAACAAAAACUAAAUUAUGGUCAAAAGUCAAAUUCGUAAAGGAAAGUCAGUGCAAAUUUCAAUUCAACUGAUUGCUAAUUCAGAUUACCAAGUAGAUAAAAUUCAACAUAAAAGCAACCUCCUGAGUUGCAAUCAUAUUAAGUUAAUUUCUUGUAAAUAUAUAUUGAUAACCCAUUGUAGAAGAACCAGAGUGGCCUCCCAAUUAUAAAAAUAUGAUGAUGAUUAUAAGAGUAUCAAACAUGUACAUUAAUAAUCUUAGGUAAGCAACCAUUAGCAACAGAUAGAAUUCAAAGAUAAAGUGUUUAUAAUGUAGGCGACAAAAAUUAGCAGAAGUCUUCCUCUAAAAAUAUGUAGAAUAUAAUCUAAUUUUAGAUAAAAGGUUCCAUAGAAAUUCACUCAAUAUGCAUUAGCAACACUGAGGAAUCUGUAGGUAAAGUACUCUGAAGUUAAGAAGAAACAAAUUGUUAACACUAACAAUGUGCAAGGACCAAUAUUGAAUUCAUAAUUGCUACAUUAUAGAACUAAAUCUCAAGAUGCAGUGGGAACUUAUAAAGCAUCUCCUCCAAAAUAACCUCUACGACAGGAUAAUUCAAAAGAUCCAUUAAGAAUUACAAAUAACAUUAAUGUUCAAGGGUCAUCUAAAAAGGGAGGUGGUGUAUACAAUAUCAACUAAAAUAAUAUAGUUAAUAUUUAUAUUGAAGAUUUGAAAUCUUCUGCCAAAAUAAAGUAAGGCGGUUCAUAAACUGCUCGAAUCAAUAGCCCCUUAAAAAAUAACCCUAAAGGAAUUUUCGAAGUCUAUAACACUCAAAGAUCUAAUUUAAGUCCAGCAAGCAAAAAAAUAGGUUGA